AUGGCCACACUUGUCAUCCCAGCAUGUAGGAUGUCUUCGCCCCAUCCCUACCACCUCCCCCAACCGGGAUCGUCUCUCCGGAUCCACGUCCAGGGCAAUAAGACGGUCAUUGAACAGGUUUUUUCUGACAGCACCAAGCUACCGUCCGAGAGCCAACCCCUAUUGUCGGACAGGACUAGCUUCGACGAGACAGGGCUUAGCUUUGCUAAGAUGGUAUUCCCGCUACUAUACGGUCGUGAUGUAGACCCAGGCAUCCCAGAUGAUUUUGUCCCUCGAUUCCAGCUUGUCACCUAUAGCGGAAAGGCAGGCGAAUGCCUCCCGCGAGAGCAUUGCAUCGAUGGCUACGGCAUUACAUUUGAUCAUCUCGUAGGUCCGAACAAUACAAAUCCAGAGGUGCUCAUGAUAAACGUUUUCAAUCCUUCCGAUCCUGACUCGGUUCAAUUUCAACAACUGGACCUUACCCAGUACAAUACCACCUCCGAAACAAGUCGACCCCAUCGACCCGCGUUAGCCAGACUUAAAUCUCAGCGCCCCGCAUACACAACAUCAACUGCAAUGGCGGCCAAUAUACAAGCAGAGAUGUCCGAAAUUCCUGAAGCAAAGACACCUGACGGGAACAAUCGAACAGGAGCGGGAUUAGACGUCAUGGCUCAGGCUCCAGUGACUCUUAAACCCGACACAUACGUCGAAGUUCUGCCAGCCCAGACAUGCAAAUCCGGUCUUAACUCCAACAUCGAAAUUCUUCCGAAUGAGAUUCUCUCCAGUAUAUUUCGGUGUCUCGAUACUCCAAAGCCUUCCGAUUCGGCCCUUCAUGAUGAGCCGACCUUUGACUUGACACAUACUAGGUCCGCAACCCUAAAAGCCAUCUCGUGCGUCUCAAAGCGAUGGAGACUAGAAACCUUUCCAAUACUUUUCAAGUACGCUCGAUGUAUUUUGCCUAAACUUGCGACAAGUACAUCGUUGAGCACUCCAACGGAGCCGUUCCUUGAUUUCGUUAGAAGAUACUCCUUAAGGAAAGUCAUAUCAAGCUUUACGCUUGUGAUCCAUGGCGAAUCGAUUACCUGCGACUCGAAAGCAACGUACCGCCUGGAUGGAGUUGAAGCCUUCUGGUACUCUCUUUUCAAGAUCAUUGAUCCGGUUGAAGUCCUCCUUGCUGCUCCCGUGCCAGUCCUUGGUGCACUCACCGCCUGCAGUGUAUCCAUGGAGGAUGCGUACAGGCUUGAUUGCCCGUGUCAUUACCUUCGUUUGAAGCGAUCUUCCACGCUUGUUAGCAAUUCUCCUGUGCUAGAAGGCAUCUCGGCACAUGAGUAUCCAACCAACAACCAGACCCGUGAAAUCGUUGAGCCAGUUACAGCCAACUUCUCGAUUGAUAAUAUUCCGGAUCUUGCGAAGCGUCAAGGGGAAACAAGGAGUAAUUCGGGAGAUUCAACUCCCGCGGAGACUAUCUCCGAACCCAAAGUCGAUGUUCUAACGGAAGCUAUACCAUCUUCAUCUGAACAUAGAGUGGCUUCAGCUGAACUCCAAGAGUCAUCGCCUAAUGGUCAAGCGUAUUCAUCCACAGAUGCUCAAGCAUCUUUAUCUGAAAAUAUACCUCGUGGACCUUCAGAGUUGGCCCACCCUGGGUCAUCUGCCUUAUUCGAUGUUCGACCGUGGACAACUUUAUUGCUUAAUGAAGGCUCUUUUAUUCAAGCCUAUAAUUCUCACGAGUUCUGGCUAAUACAGGUUCCUUCUAUCCUACCGGACCUAGUUGGAUCAGUUGAAGAUGGUCGCAAACCCCUGAUUAGCCCUGGUAUCCGAGAUAUGGAAUAUAUUAGCUUGUUUCCGAUGUCGAGACACUUCUCUCACUUUGCUAUGAAUCUUCCAAGGCUGGAUCGGCUUUACGUUCAGAUAGUACCACGAAACGAUAUACUUGAUAGGCCAGAGAAGAUGACCAUGAUAGAGGCGGAAAAUCUGUGGAUGGAGAGAAAUAGCUGCUAUGCUACCGUUGUGCGGGAACUCUUCAAUGCUCCGCCACUAGGAAACUACAAAUAUCUUCAAAUAUUUGAAUCUGGCGAUGCAGCUGAUAGAGAUGCAUGGCUUAUGGCUGGCAAGUUAUUCCCCGUUGAAUAUGUCAAACGAUCUGGGAAUGGCUGGCGGAUCGCCGGAGAUGGUGUAUUCGUACGAGAUUCUAAGGACCUAGCUCCUGAACGUCCUGAUGAUGGCGAGGGGGAGAACUUGGAAUUUCAAGGUGCCCUAAUUCGAUGGGCUUGGAAUGGCACAACGACGCUUCCUAUCUCGGCAUAUCCCUUGUAUGAGCUGCCUCUUGGACCUAUGGAAUGA